UGCCGGCCGCGUCGGUUACAAAGGCCGCUGCCGGGCCGGCCGCCCUCAGCCUCUUCCGGCCGUAACGGCGGCGCGGGCCGGGCUCCCCGCCGGAGAUGAGGGAGGAUGUCGGUGUCGGGGCUGAAGGCUGAGCUCAAGUUCCUGGCGUCCAUCUUCGACAAGAACCACGAGCGGUUCCGCAUCGUCAGCUGGAAGCUGGACGAACUGCACUGCCAGUUCCUGGUGCGGCCGCCGGGUAGCGCGGCCUCGGCGCUCACGCUGCACUGCAACAUCACGGAGUCGUACCCAGCUUCCUCACCAAUAUGGUUCGUGGACUCUGAUGACCCAAACCUGACAUCAGUUCUGGAACGUCUAGAAGAUUCUAAGAACAACAGUUCGCUUCGUCAGCAGCUGAAGUGGUUGAUCUGCGAGCUCUGCCGAUUGCACGACCUUCCCAAGCACCUGGAUGUGGAGCUGCUGGAUCAGCCGCUGCCCGCGGGCCAGAAUGGGACCACGGAGGAAGUGACGUCAGAAGAGGAGGACGAGGAGGAGAUGGCGGAGGACAUAGAAGACCUGGACCACUACGAGAUGAAGGAGGAGGAGCCUAUCAGCGGGAAGAAGUCAGAAGAUGAAGGAAUCGAAAAGGAAAACCUGGCGAUAUUAGAGAAAAUCAGGAAGACUCAAAGGCAAGACCAUCUAAAUGUCCUGGUCAGCGUCUCUGUGUUCCAGGGCGCGGUGUCCGGGUCGGUGCAGGCCUCAGACAGGCUCAUGAAGGAGCUCAGGGACAUCUACCGCUCGCAGAGCUACAAGGCAGGGUUUUACUCAGUGGAACUCAUAAAUGACAGUUUGUACGACUGGCAUGUGAAGCUUCAGAAGGUCGAUCCUGAUAGUCCUUUGCACAGUGAUCUUCAGAUCUUAAAAGAAAAAGAAGGCAUAGAAUAUAUUUUGCUUAACUUCUCUUUUAAGGAUAACUUCCCGUUUGACCCUCCGUUUGUCCGCGUGGUGUUGCCGGUUCUCUCCGGAGGGUACGUGUUGGGGGGCGGCGCGCUGUGUAUGGAGCUUCUCACAAAACAGGGCUGGAGCAGCGCCUACUCCAUCGAGUCCGUCAUCAUGCAGAUCAACGCCACCCUCGUCAAAGGCAAAGCCAGGGUGCAGUUCGGAGCAAAUAAGAAUCAAUAUAAUCUAGCAAGAGCCCAGCAGUCUUAUAAUUCCAUUGUACAGAUACACGAGAAAAACGGCUGGUACACCCCUCCGAAGGAAGACGGCUAAGUGGAUGGACUGUCCCAGGCUCGGACCAACGUUGCUUUAAAGAAACCUUCCCACCGUGCAGACCAGCUUCGAGUGCCCAUAACAGCAGCCCCGACGACGUUAGCUGAUAGAUACUUUAGUGGAUACUCUGUCACCUGACAUCCUGCAUAAGUUACAGCCUCUCAUUUGCUCAUUGUAGGUAUCUUGGACUCAGCAGGGGGGCCUUUCCUGUAUUUUUCUUGAUAAAUACACACACUGGCCACU